AUGGUCAAGAAGGAAACAUUAAAAGAAGUUGAUAGUAAACCAUUAGAUUCAAUUGAUGAUAAUAAAGGGGAGACCAAAAAAGAUAUAGCAACCACUGAAGAAUCUGAAACAAAAGAUAAAAUCCAGGAAGAAUCUAAAGAAGAUAAAAGUAAAACCACAACUGAAAAUGAUAAAAUAAGUAAUAAAAAGACUGAGGAAUUAGCAAUUGAAGAUAUACCACUUAAUGACGAUGCAGAUGAAGUCGUAAAAAAAACUGAAGUUGAAACCACAACUCUCCCACCACCUCCUCCCUCAAGACCAAAAGAUCCAGUUCAACAAACAACUCAAGAUUUAAAAGAUGCUUUCCCAUCAAUUGAAGAAAAAAUUAUAACUGCUGUAUUAAUUGCAUCUCAAGGAAAUCCAGAACCUGCUUUCAGUGCAUUACUUUAUAUUUCUGAUCCAAGUUUCAAACCAGACAUCCCCGUAUAUCAAACUACUACCACCACUUCAAAAAAUACAUCAGCUUCCAACAAAAAUGAAUCAAUUGGUUUCACAGAUGAUGAGAUAUUAGCAAGAAAAUUACAAAAAGAAUUUGAAUUAGAAGAUGAAAGAAGAAGAAGAAGACAUCAAGAUAGAAAUAGAAGAGAUAGAAAUGAAAGAGAUCAACAAGCAAGUAAUCGUCAACAUCGUCAAAAUUUAAAUGAUUAUGAAAGAAGUUAUUACGAAGAAGAGGAAAGUCCUGAUGAAUUUGAUCAAAUUAAAGAAACUUUUACCCAAGGAUUAGAAGAAGCUAAAACAACUUUAAAUGGAUGGGUUUCUGGAUUAGCUAAAAAGUUCGAUAGCGCAACUGCAAACAGACAACAACAACAACAAGAACAAAGAGAUAAUGCAACUACUUUUGGAUCAAAAUCUCAUAGAGAAGGUGGUAAUAAUUUUGGAAAUUUAGGAGGUACAAGAUAUUAUGAUGAACUAUAUAAAGGCAAAAAGACUAGAUUUGAUGAAGAUCCUGAAAUUAUUUCAUCUGAUUUUCAUGAUAAAAUUAGAUUAAAUAAAGAAAGCUCAACAAGCGCUAAUGAUGAUGACGAGGAAGCUAUGGCAAGUCCUCAUUUGCCAACAAGACCAAGAAAUUCAACAGAAUUACAAUCUGAUACUCCUUCAGCUAUACAAAGUGAUACGAAAAAAGAUACUCUCAAAAAGAAACAACCUUGGCAACCAGAAGAUCCACCAGCAGAUUCUGAUGCGUUUUUAGUUACUGAUUCAGAAGAAGAAGAUAUUGAAGUUACUUCAGAACCUGUUAAAAGUGAAAAAAAAUAA